AGCUCCCAUUUGAAAUCACAUAAAUAGCUCCACAUCAGCUGCAAGAAACAGUCGACAAAUCCGCAACGAAAAUGAAGCUACUUUCCAUCAUUGGCAUUAUCCUUGCGCUGUCUGGGGUCUCGCUGGCCCUAAGGGACUUUGUUUGUGGUCAAGUACCGGAAAAGCAGGGCGAUGGUAAUAAGAUCUGCCUGGCAUAUAUGGAGAGAUUUAGCUAUUAUCGCGACAGGAACGAGUGCGUAAGAUGGGUAUAUGGAGGAUGUGGUCGGAACCUUAAUAAUUUCGGAUCGAAAGACCUAUGCGAGGCAAUAUGUAAGGAGCAACCAAAGUACCAACCAACCAAAUAUGAGUAAAUUGUUUGGCAAUAAAAUGAAAUUCCAUUGAAAA